CCACCUGGGCUUGGGAGGUGGAGAGCGGCCGGGCAGUGACCUUCCCUCCAGGCACAGAUCAGGAGACAGAUCGGGAGCGGGUUGCAGAGCCGCCAUGUACAGCAGCAGCAGCAGCAGCAGCACGUGCGAGCUAGAAGACAUUCCACUGUCAGACGACGACCCAGACAGCAUGGAGUUCAAGAUCCUGGCCUUCUACGCCAGACACCAUGCCUUCAAGGGCAGCCCCAUCUUCCCGGCCAAGCUGCAGAGGACCAGGACCGAGCCCCAGAAGGGACCGGGGCCCUGGGCAGCCGACGCCUGGACGCAGCACGGGCCGGGGUCCUGGAGGCACACGGCGAUGCUGGGCGAGAAGAGCCUGGGUUUUGGCAAGAGGCCGUCCUGGAGGCGGCUGUUUGGGGGAGGCGCGGGGAGGGAGGAAGACUCGCCCAGCUCGCCGCCCGGGGAGAUCCGCACCCACGGCCAGGCGUCGUCCCUGUCCCUGCCCAGCGUGGAGCAGCGCCUGCAGAGUGAAGCCGUGGACCCCAAGGUUGCCUCCAUUGCCAACCGAGUGGCCGAAAUUGUCUACUCAUGGCCACCACCAGAAGACCGACUGCACCAGGGAGGCCACAAGCUCAAGGACUACAUGGUCCCCUACACUGUCUACCAAGGCUUUGGAGGGGCAGAAGGAGCUACGGGAGCCGAGAAAGACGGAGAAGACCCCGUCAUAGGCAGGAUCGUGGCACUGCUGAAAGCCUCGGGAGACCAACUGGAAAGAGAGCUGAAGAAGGACAAGGCUCUGCUGAGCAGCCUCCGGGAGACGCUGUCCUACCCUGCGUUCAAGACCAUCACGGACCAGUUCCUGAGGGACGUGGACACCCGCGGGGAGUCGGAGGUGAAGGCCCAGGGCUUCAAGGCGGCCCUGGCCAUAGACGCCAUGGCCAAGCUCACGGCCAUCGACACCCACCCCAUGAACCGGGUGCUGGGCUUCGGAGCCAAGUACCUGAAAGAUCACUUCUCGCCCUGGGUCCAGCAGCACGGAGGAUGGGAAAAAAUACUUGGGAUAUCACAUGACGAAGUAGACUGAGACUCCGCUGGACCAGCGUGGCUCAGGUUCCCCACUGGACGUGGGGGU